UCCGUACUUACUCUGGUAGCUUUUUCUUUUCUUUUUUUUCAAGAGAUAUGAGAAUUCUAGAGUACAAAGCUUAAUUCUUAGGGUUUAACAAAAAUGAGGUGUAGAAGAAAAUCAGGGGUGAUAAGCUUAGAUCAACUUAGAUCAUUGUCAAGAACAAUUUCUGGAAGUACCGGUGGAAGAAAAGCAGGUUCUAUGUCUUCAUCCGGAUUUUCUUCUUCGGGGAGUUUUGCGAGUCUGAAUCUUGUUGCAGAUAAACGACGGGACCAAGAACAGGCUUCUCUCGUAACACCUCUUAAAAUGGAGAAACAGAAACUUGCAGCAGUGGAUGCCCAUCUUUCUAGUUCAUACAGUGGAAUAUCAGUGGGAGGAGUGGCACCUGCUCUCUCAUUGUCCACGCAGGGCACUCCAAAAGAUUCAACAGGCCAGCUUGAUAAUGAUAAAAUAUCAGAAGAUAAACAAGCAGAGAAGCCGAAUCCAAAAUCUUUAUUGUCUCCAACAGUCCAAUGUGCACCAGAGUCAGAUGAUCCAUACUCACCCUUCCAUGCAACACAAUGGAUCCCCACAAAGUACAGCAACUCAGAUUCUUCCGUCAGUGGUCCACCCAUUUCAAUGCCAGAGGAACUGAAAGGGCAUGGUACAACUGUCAUGGGUCAAUAUUCCUAGCUUGGUAGUACAACGAAAUCUUGAGUGAUCUAGACCAAGACUUUAAGCUUGUGGAAGACGGAGAUUAUGUUUUCGGUGCAGCUGGUGAUGGGAAUAUUUGUGCAGAUAUUAUCAAAGAGAUGAAAAAGAUUUUGAAAGAGCAAAGGAAUAGGAAAAGACAUGUAAGAGCGACUAUGCAAGAGUGUGCUGGAUGGGUCAAACUUUAUUUUGAUGAGAUUUGUCCCAGAGAUAAACAAAAAAAUAUUGGAUUCAGAAAAUUGCAUGAUGUUGCGCUGGGUUUGAUAAGGGGAAAAAUGGAGAAAUUGUUCCAAGCAUGUGGGUUGGAACCAAAUCUGGUGCAUAUAAAGUCGAAAGGUUUGAAACCUUAGGAACUGGAAGAAUGUAUGCAGAUUUGGAGGUAGAGACGCAAAAAAGAUGUAAUACAGUUGACAAAGUCGUCGAGAAGUUUGGAAAGGGUGUUGGAGAGCUUGUUUAAAUGAUUUUCAUACUGCAGGAAAAACAAAGAUUUGCAUGAUAAGUCUGAAAACACCUGCAACACCAAAAGCACAAGUGGGAAAGAAAAAGAAGAGACAUGAAGAGUAUGCUCUUGGGGAGGUUGAACGCCGUUACAUAACGGUAAAAGAACUGAUGGAUAUGUAUGGUGUGUUUGAUGAGGGACUGUUGAGUAAUCAAAGUGUUGAUGAGAGUUAUGCCAUUGCCGUUCGUGGCAAAGGCAACACAUCUACACUCAAAAACUUGGAGAGUUUGAAGGUAGGUUUGGAAGAGUAGAGUUUGCUGUGAAGGAGUUACAUACUUGUACAAGUUUUUCUUAUUCUUCCAUGUUAGCCUAUAUACUCUUUGAUUUGGGAUUUUGGUAGGCAGGCAUGAACAGAAUCUACUCUUUAUUUUUAUUUUUUAGCUAGGUCAAUU